AUGUUAUGUGCUCGGUUUAAAAUCAUCCUUUGCCUUAUACAGCUGCUGGCACUCAAAGUGCCCCACAGCGUGCUCGGGCUGGAGAGCGUGCAUAUUCAGGUGCCGGUGGCGGUGCUCGUGGGCACGAGCGCUACGCUCGUGUGUGAGUGCGACCUGCCGGAUGAGGACCUCUACUCGGUGAAGUGGUACAAAGGCAAGCACGAGUUCUUUCGCUACACCUCCAAGGAGAUCCCAUCGAUCAAGAUCUUCCCGAAGGCGGGCAUCAGCGUGAACGUGAAUCUGUCAAACGCGAGCCACCUGGUGCUGGUGAACCUCGAGCCGCAGAGUGGCGGCAAAUAUAGUUGUGAGAUCACGGAGGCUGCCCCAUCCUUCCACACGAAGAUCGCGACACGCACGAUGAACGUGGUCGAGGUGCCAGUCGGAGAGCCACAGCUUCUCGACCUUAAGCCGUACUACGGCGCAGAGGAGUUCCUCGAGGUUGAGUGCCGAGCAGGUCCAUCUCUGCCAGCUGCUCGGCUCGAGUGGCUGCUCAACGAUCAACCACUCCGUCAGCCGGUUGGAGCCCCGUCCCGGUUGGAGUACUUCACCCAACCACCUGCCAACCCCACCCCCGGUGGCCUCAAAGCCCAGGGUGUGAGAAAAAAACAAUCAACCAUGUCUUCCCCCCAACCACAGCCAGGCCCACCAACGGCACCGACCGAGCCGGAGUCGCGCGAAAACGACCUCACCGAGUCGGAGCCGCCUGUUGGAACACCUGCCAGCCCACCCGCUCGGGAGUCACCCACCACCAAUGGCACCGGGGAGCACCGGAAGGGCGCUGGUGGUGGCCGGUACGAGUUGGCCGUGUCCCGGCUGAAACUGCUGCUCGAACACGGGCACUUCCGCAACGGCAAGUUGAAGGUGGAGUGUAUCGCCCACGUGUUUGACCUGUACCGACGCUCGGUGGCGGCAACGGUGGACGAAAACUAUCCCCAGGUGCGCGUGCUCUCCAACAGUGACAACGGUGUCCACUUCUCCUUUAUGAGCGAUAAGGACGAAGCAUCUUCCUCGGCGGAUCGGUCCUUCACCCAGCGGUCGCUACUACCACACCUCGUCGGCAGCGUAGUGGCAUGGCUGCUGGCAUACCUUGGUGGAAUCUCUCGAGGGAUAGCAGCCGGUGACUCCUUAGCGAUAGCAGACACCGGUCAGGUCACCCGUGGACUCACGUCAGAUGCCGUACUUGCGGGCGUGAGCUGUUUCGUCUUCUUCGCUGCACUGCAUAGCUACCGCACGGCUGUUAGAUACUGCCCCUAG